AUGCUUCAUUUUUUUAUUAUUUUUCUUUUAAUUAAUUCAGCAUAUGCAAUUAAUAUAAAUGUAAAGAGUCAUUUAUUUUUAAAUAGUAAUUUUAAUAAUAUUAAAAAAUGGAAAACUAUUAAAAUAAAAAAAAUAUUUCAAGGAGAUAUUAUGAAAAGUAAUAUAAUAUAUAAGCAGAUAAAAGAAGAAAAUUAUCCUUUUAAAAAAUAUAAUAUUGAUGAUGUUUAUUAUGGUAGAAUAUUAGGUAUUAAUAAAAGGAAAAUAAAAAUAGAUAUACUAUGUGAUAGAAAAGCAUAUUUAAAUACAUCAGAAUAUUUUAGUUUAGAGAAAUUCAAUAAAUAUAUUUUUUUAUUAAUAAAAAUACAUAAUAUAAUUAAAGUAAGAAUAGCAAAAAUCGAUAGUAUACAUAAAAAAAUUAUAGUUGAUAUUAAGAAAUAUACUAAUGAAGAAAUAUUAUCAUCAUUUAAAAAUACAAAUUACCUUAUCAAUUCUAAAAUUUUAAGUAUUAAAGAAAAUUUUAUAUUAGUUUAUAUAGCACCUAAAAUACAUGCAAAAUUAAUAAUUAAGCAAAAUGAUGACCUGAAUAAUUAUAAAAUAGGAGGUGAUAUUUUAGUUAAAAUAUAUGACUUUGAUAAAAUUAAAAAUGAAUUAUAUGUAAAAAAUCCUUAA